AUGACAAGUAGUGAUAAAACUCCUGAUGCCUCAUCGGCGUUUUUAUCAGUAUCAUCAUCACCACCAUCAUCAUCAUCAUAUUCAACAACAACAACAACAACACCAACAACUUCGAAUUACAGUACAACAGAAAGAAAUUGUCCAACGGCGCCUGAAGCCCCCGCAUAUAGACUAGACAUUGAAGAUAUUUAUUCUGAUUCAUCCGAUCCAGAUGACAAACCUAAUUUAGAUAUACUUAAACAACAUCUUUUACUUGAAGGUCGUCUAACAGAACAAGCGGCACUUCGAAUAAUUGAAAGUGGUGCUGCUAUUUUACGUGAAGAAUCAACAAUGAUUGAAAUUAGUGCACCAUUGACAAUAUGCGGUGAUAUUCAUGGACAAUUAUAUGAUUUAAUCAAAUUGUUUGAAGUUGGUGGUUCACCAGCUACGACUCGUUAUUUAUUUCUUGGUGAUUAUGUUGAUCGAGUUGAUAUUUUUUUCAGUGUUCUUUAUUUAUGGUCAUUGAAAAUACAUUAUCCUAAGGAUUUUUUUCUCCUCCGAGGAAAUCAUGAAUGUCGACAUUUAACGGAUUAUUUUACUUUUAAACAAGAAUGUCUUGUUAAAUAUACAGAAAAAGUUUAUGAAACUAUUAUGAGUGCGUUUGAUUGUUUACCAUUAGCAGCUUUAAUGAAUAAACAAUUUUUAUGUGUACAUGGUGGAAUAUCACCAGAAAUUCGUACAUUAGAUGAUAUACGACAGCUGGAUCGAUUUCAUGAACCUCCAGCAUACGGUGCAAUGUGUGAUCUUCUAUGGUCUGAUCCAGUUGAAGAUUAUGGUUAUGAAGCAGAUAUUCCAUCAUCAACAACACCACCUAAACGUCGUACAAGUAUUCCAUUAAAUGAUUCACCUUCAAAUAUUUUAUCCCAAACAAAUCUUCCAUCAUCAUCAUCAUCAUCUAAUGAACAGUUAUUUUUGCAUAAUACAACGCGUGGUUGUUCGUAUUUUUAUACGUAUGCUGCUGUUAAUGAAUUUUUAUUACAUAAUCAGAUACUUUCAGUAAUACGUGCACAUGAAGCACAAGAUGUAGGUUAUCGAAUGUAUAAAAAAACGGCUGAAACUGGUUUUCCAUCAUUGAUAACAAUUUUUUCAGCACCCAAUUAUCUCGAUAUUUAUCAAAAUAAAGCAGCUAUUAUGAAAUAUGAAAAUAAUGUUCUUAAUAUACGACAAUUUAAUAGUUCACCACAUCCAUAUUGGUUACCAAAUUUUAUCGAUGUUUUUUCUUGGUCAUUACCAUUUGUUGGUGAAAAAGUAAUCGAUGUACUUUUAAGUAUUCUUAAUAUAUGUACAGAUGAGGAAUUAGCUGAAUAUGAUGAACAUAUUGAUACAUUAAUUGAACGUAAUGAACGUGAAUUACGUAAAGAACGACUUCGUUUAAAAAUACGUGCAUUAGGUAAAGUAGCGAAAGCUUAUAAAUCAUUUCGUGAAUUAAGUGAACAUAUUAUUACAUUACGUGGUUUAACUCCAUCAACAAAUUUAACUGAAUUAAAUAAUAAUACGGAAGUUAAAACUGAAGCAGAAGUUGCUGCAAAUAUUCUUCGAGAUAGUAAUGAUUCAACUGAAGAACGUUUUUCAAAAGUUAAAAUUCUUGAUCAAGUUAAUGAACGUAUGCCACCAUCGAAACCAAUAUAUUCGAUGAUUAGUCCUAUGAUUGCUGAACGUAUUAAACGUACAUCAAUACCUAAUGAUACAUCUCAAGAAUCAAGUAAAAAAGAUAUAUCAUCGAAUAUAUUAAAGAAUGGAACUACACAAGGUCUUGUUAAAAUGAGACGUGAAAGUUAUGGUGGUAAUUCAUCAUUAGCACCAAUUGUUGAUUUAACAGCAACGAUCAAUGGAAAAUCAAAUUUACUGAUGAAAAAAUAA